CGAUGUUACGAUAAUACUUAAACCAGAGCAAGCAGCCCCGCUGGUCAUCUUUCCCUUGCUUUCUACGAUCUCUCUAUUUCUGCGAGAGAGCACUUCUUCGGCUAGCGAAUCUCCUCCUCUAAGAGUCGUUUUCUCUGGUUAUUUUUAAGCUUCUCUCCCAACUUUUAUCAUGGGUAAGGAGAAGGUUCACAUUAACAUCGUGGUCAUUGGCCAUGUCGACUCUGGCAAGUCAACAACCACUGGUCAUUUAAUCUACAAGCUUGGAGGUAUUGACAAGCGUGUGAUUGAGAGAUUUGAGAAGGAAGCUGCUGAAAUGAACAAAAGGUCCUUCAAGUAUGCUUGGGUCUUGGACAAGCUUAAGGCUGAACGUGAGCGUGGUAUCACCAUUGAUAUUGCUCUUUGGAAGUUUGAGACGUGGUAUCACUGUCUAUUUGAUGCUUCCGUGGACAGUCGGGACUCUUUAAUCUAAGAACACUGAAUCACUGGUACCACUGUGCUCACAGGCCUGACUGAGCUGUGCUCAUUAAUUGACUCUACCCCAACUGGUGGUUUUGAAGAAGCUGGUAUUUCCAAGGAUGGUCAGACCCGUGAGCAUGCUCUGCUUGCUUUCACUCUUGGUGUGAAGCAGAUGAUCUGUUGCUGCAACAAGAUGGAUGCCACAACCCCCAAGUACUCUAAGGCUAGAUACGAUGAAAUUGUGAAGGAAGUUUCUUCCUACUUGAAGAAGGUGGGUUACAACCCUGACAAGAUCCCAUUUGUGCCAAUCUCUGGUUUUGAGGGUGAUAACAUGAUUGAGAGGUCAACCAACCUCGAUUGGUACAAGGGCCCUAACGAGAAUGUUGCUCGCAAUGAGCCAAAGAGGCCAACAGACAAGCCACUCCGUCUCCCACUUCAGGAUGUCUACAAGAUUGGUGGUAUCGGAACUGUCCCUGUCGGUCGUGUUGAGACUGGUGUCUUAAAACCUGGUAUGGUUGUCACCUUCGGACCAUCUGGACUGACCACUGAAGUUAAGUCUGUUGAGAUGCACCACGAAGCUCUCCAGGAGGCCCUUCCAGGUGACAAUGUUGGCUUCAAUGUGAAGAAUGUUGCUGUCAAGGAUUUGAAACGUGGUUUUGUUGCCUCUAACUCCAAGGAUGAUCCUGCGAAGGAAGCUGCCAACUUCACCUCUCAGGUCAUCAUCAUGAACCACCCUGGUCAAAUUGGAAACGGAUAUGCUCCAGUCCUUGACUGCCACACCUCCCACAUUGCUGUUAAGUUUGCUGAGAUCCUAACCAAGAUUGAUAGGCGAUCUGGUAAAGAGCUUGAGAAGGAGCCAAAAUUCUUGAAGAAUGGUGAUGCUGGAUUUGUUAAGAUGAUUCCCACCAAGCCCAUGGUUGUGGAGACCUUUUCUGAGUACCCUCCUCUGGGUCGUUUUGCUGUGAGGGACAUGCGCCAGACUGUUGCUGUUGGUGUCAUCAAGAGUGUUGAGAAGAAGGAUCCAUCUGGUGCAAAGGUCACCAAAUCCGCAGCAAAGAAAAAGUAAAGCAUUGGGUGAUUGAAGUUACAGUUAGUUUAGUUAUGUUUUGUUUUAAGUUAUGUCUUGCUGUUGUUUUUGGUUUCAGUUUCAGUUAUCUGGCAGUUUUGUAACUUAAAAGUUCUCAAGUUAUUGUCUUCUGCGUCGUGUUCUGAAUUGUUAAAUUGUGUUUUUGGGAUUUUAAAGCCACAAACUUUUGCAAUUUAUCUUUCUAUUUUCCUCUAA